GACAUGUUGUUCAAUAAAAAAAAAUUCCAAAAUUGUUUGGUUGUUAGAUAAAUUCAAGUUUCGCAUUCAGAAGAGAUUGAAAAGCUUCUUUAACAACAAGUUUAUACAUUAGAAAUUGAAUUUGGCCAAAGCAACGUUCCCAUUGGUGAAUUUAGCCUCUAAAGCAAUAGAAAACGAUUUAUAACAUAUGAAUUCCAGCUGCGACCGCAAGAUAAUGAACAAACGCUGCGGAGCAGCAUCGACGCCGCUGCCCAAAUACCAAAUCCAACUGCUGGCGGAUAAGUGCGUUGUUUUGGUGGAGGCCAGCGGCUACGAGUCGGAAAUAUUUCUACCGCAGCUGCAGUAUGGACGCAUUGGGCUGGUGAACGUCAUUUGCAGUCGGCAGCCAAGACUGCGCAUGAGCCAACUGAGCUUAGUACAAGUCACAGCGCUGAGGCAGCGUAAGCAGCGUCUGGGGCAUUACCAGCACCGCAAGCUGACCACGGCAACGGCGGGACUAGCGCCCGCCAAACAGCUCAAGCUGAACAAGGCCGACUUGGUUAUGGCCGCGAAUGCACAGUACGGUAGGCUGCGCUUUGAGCUCAAGCUCAUUUCAAAGGGUAACGUGGUGCUUGCGGAAUGCAAUGGCUACGAAUCUGAGAUAUUUCUGCCUCAUAUUUCUAGUCAUUGCAUAGCCAUGAAACGCGUCACCGCCGGUGAGCUGGCUCAGUGUGCGCAAAACACAACGAGGUCGCCGCAAAAGUCGCUGCAGCUGGCGCUGCCGCAGCCAGUGGCGCAGCGCAAAGUAUCGGCAAGUAGCACCGCGGCCACCGCAGCUGUGGCUGCUGCAUCGGUAGCCGCCCAGGCCAUGGGUCUCACGCAGCUGCUGGUGAAUCCCAUGCAAAUGUUUAGCAAAACGCAAACAGCGCCGAUGCCACAGCCUCUGGCCAAAGGCGUCAAGCCCACGCGUAGGCACAUCAAGCAGCUAAAUGCGGAGAACAUGGGCGCAGGAGAUCAGCGCAAGCAUAAGCUCAUUGCGUCCAGCUUGUAAGCUAUUCGAUUAAAAAUCGUAUACGAAGUAAAAAGUUUUGGUUGAACGCAAAUUAUGAAUUGCAAAUUGAAA